GUUAUUAGUGUUAUUACUUAUUUUUCGUUGAACUUGACUUGAUUCAAUGAAUUGAAAAAAAAAACGAAAAAGUCGUACAGUGAUAAGAAAAGUGUGAGAUUUUUCACUGUGGAGUUGUGGCAGUACAAGAUCGCGAAGGCACUUCACGAUUUUUUUUCACCGAACACGAGGCAUUUUUUUCUCAUUUCGUCCUCGCGUUUCUGAAAUAAAUAAACUUUUGAGUUUCGCGCGCUCAAAAGCUCGAAAGUUUAGAAACUUUAUCGCUAUUUUUCUAAAAAAAAUGUUCGGUAUCGCGUUUUAAAGUUAGUUUCGCUAAUUCUUUUCGUUAAAAACUAUAAUUCGAAGACGAUGAAUUGAAGAAUCUUCCAUCAUCUGCGAAUCUUUCUUCAACAAGUAUGAUGGAUCGUAUGAAGUUAUUGGGCUGUAAAGACGAACGAAAACUCAUGUUAGCUCAUCAAACAUGCUUAGAAUUGGCAGAAAUUGAUGGUUUGAAGAAUCUAGUUUGCAAUUACGAUGCUGAAUUGGAUCUCACUUACGUUACCGAAGAUGGCGUCGUCGAUUCCGCCAAUGUUUUCAUACCGGUUCAUUCGACAUUUAGCUUGACGCCUUUAUGGAUUCAAAACGUACAGAAUAAAUUAUCUUCGACUAACCCUAAAAGUAUUAUUCUAGUCAUACGUGAAUCAGAUACAACGUUCGUUCGACAUAAGCUCAGUGCCGGUCUCAUUCCAUCUCAAGUGAGCUGCAAGAAGUUUCAUAAUGCUAGAUUGGACGAUACGAGUGAUAAUGAGACCGAUAAUCGUAGACAAACCGUUAAAAGAAAAAUAACGACGUCUAAACAGAAGUGUUGAUUCGACGUUCGUCUGUUCGGUUAUUACCAUUGAAAGACUGUGAUUAAUUACGACGAAGAAAUAUGUUCGAAGGUAUUAUUAAUAAGUAUUUAUUAUUAUGUAUUACGAUGUCGAUAAGUGGUAAAAAUGUAGUCCAAGUUUUUUCUGAUUUUUUCACGUUGAUGUAAUACUUCGGUGUAACAAAACUUAGAAAACAGAACUGGGCAUUCGUAGUCGAUGAUUUCAGUGUACGAAGUUUCGUAUCGGUCAAUCGUUGGCUCAACUAAGAAUGUAGAUUCUGUAUGUACUGCGAGUAAAAAUUACGUAAGAGAGUUACUAUAACAUUAAAGAUCUCUACUAUGAAAUAAGUAUCUGUAUAGAUCUAACUUACCACAAGUAUAAGAUGUCAUGAAACAAGUUUUAUGAGUAGAAUGGAUGACGAAUUCGUUAUCCGAUAUUUUUUUCGCCUCGAAGUCAGCCCAGGCGAAAUUAGUAACCGAUGGAAGUUGAGAUAAGCAUUCGGUAUAGAAUACCUGGUAUUUCCAGUGUUUGUAGUUUCCACUUUCGGAUAAAAUAUUAAAGUCUUUUCUGCAAUAAGAGGUUUAUUUUACGAAUGCAAGAUUAAGUUUUGUUUUAUGAUUUAAGAUAAAGAAAAAAAUAUUGCUUACAUU